CCUUCCCUUACCUUACAGCCUACUAAUACUGUCCAUCACCACCUUACGCCCUUCGUACCCUCGCUCUGAAACACGCGCACUAUAACACAUCAACGAAAUAUCGAAUACAAACAAAUCAAUCAAGAUGUCUGAGAAAGCGGCCGAGCCGCAGAAAUCCAACAUGGAUGUGGAGUCAGGAAGAGAAGGCAUUUCGCACUGGAAGAUGAUCCUCGACCAGGGCGUCGUCACCAAUGAGAUCGUGAACUGGGAGUACGAAGGUUCCGGCACAGAAGAGGACCCUUACGCCGUCGAAUGGCUACCGAACGACCCCCGUAACCCAAUGACGUUUGCGAAGACGAAGAAAUGGAUCAUGGCCAUCGCUGUCGCCAACUCGGUCCUCGUCGUAUCAUUCUGUUCCUCAGCGUUUUCUGGAGGUAUCCAGCAGAUCAUGAUUGAAUUUGGUGUCAGCCAGGAAAUCGUUACACUAGGUGUAUCGCUCUUCGUUCUCGGUUUCGCCCUUGGACCGCUGCUUUGGGCGCCUUUCUCGGAGAUGUACGGUCGCCAGGUUGUUUUCGCCGGUACUUACCUCUGCUUUAUGGCUUUCAACGCUGCCGUGGCCGGUGGUCAGAACAUCUGGUCCGUUCUGAUUCUUCGAUUCUUCGCCGCUGCCUUUGGAUCCAGCCCUCUCACCAACGCUGGAGGUGUCAUCGCUGAUCUCUUCAAUGCAAACGAGCGAGGUCUGGCGAUGAGUAUCUUCUCUGCUGCGCCCUUCAUGGGCCCUGUUCUUGGUCCUAUCAUUGGAGGUUUCCUGGGCAUGACCGAGGGUUGGCGCUGGGUCAACGGUCUCAUGGCCAUCUGGGCUGGUGUCCUACUCGUUGUCACCGCAUGCAUUGUUCCAGAGACCUAUCCUCCUGUUCUGCUCCGAAGGCGUGCCGAGAAGCUUUCCAAGAUCACUGGAAAGGUUUAUAGGUCCCGCACCGACAUUGACCAAGGCAAGAUCUCCCUUGGCGAGGCAUUCUCAACUGGUCUCAAGCGCCCCUGGAUCCUCCUGUUCUGCGAGCCCAUUGUCCUGCUUCUGUCGCUCUACCACGCCAUCAUCUACGGUAUCCUCUACAUGCUUUUCGGUGCUUUCCCCAUCGUCUACCGCCAGGGCCGUGGCUGGAACGAGGGUAUCAGCGGUCUUCCUUUUGUUGCGGUUGCCAUCGGUGUCCUGCUUGCCAUCACCUAUGUCAUUGUUGUCGACAACAAGCAGUACAUGAAGAAGGUCGAAGCGUCUGGCAAAGGCUACACUACUCCAGAGGCGCGUCUGCCUAUGUGUCUGGUCGGUGGCAUCGUUUUGCCUAUUGGUCUCUUCUGGUUCGCCUGGACUAACUCACCAAACCUUCCCUGGGCUGCCAGCGUUUGCGCCGCCAUUCCCUUCGGUUUCGGCAUGGUGCUCAUUUUCCUGUCCAUUAUGAACUACCUCAUCGACUCUUACACCAUCUUCGCUGCCUCCGUCUUGGCUGGCAACGGUAUCAUCCGAUCUGUCUUCGGUGCCGCCUUCCCUCUCUUCACCAAGCAGAUGUACGACGGCAUUGGUAUCCACUGGGCAUCCUCGGUUCCCGCUUUCCUCGCUGUCGCCUGUAUCCCGCUGCCCUUCCUCUUCUACAAAUACGGAGCUACUAUCCGCCAAAAGUGCAAGUACGCCGCCCAGUCCGAGGCGUUCAUGGAGAAGAUCCGUGAGCAGAUGGCAGCACGCGCUCAACAGCAAGAGGCCGCUGCUGGAGGCGAGUCUGCCAACACCUCUCGCACUGCGACCCUCGCCGCUGAGGAGGAGGCCGAGAAUGACGCUUACCCAUCUGACGCCUCGCCUCACUUUGCUGAGAUGAAGACCGAGAAGGAGACCGAGAAUGCUCUCAAGAAGGUCGCAACAGGGCGAUCGACAAGGAGCAGAAAGUCAGUCAACCCUAUCGAGGAGUACUACGACAACCCGUACGAGAUCGACCGUGUCAACACACGGGAGAGCUUCGUGGGGCGGGCGAGGGCCAACAGCACGAGGAGCAAGAAGUCGAUGAAGUAGAUUUGUCUUGCAUGUUGCUUGGCUUGAUUGAGCGUUCUCGCAUUUAUGGUCGCAUCGCAUGUGGUGGGAAGAUUGAUAUGAUACCUGCACUAGAUACCCUCCGAUUUCGUCUAUAGUUCAUAAUAUUCAAAAGUUCAG